UAAGAUGCAAAAGUGAGCGGUUUCCUCUGUCUCAGACAACACAGAGAGACAAAAAGAGAUGCAGCCUGAGAUAUAAACACACACAGUCAUACAGAGAUAGUUGUGUCGCAAGACUCUGGAAUAUUUUAUGAGUAGCUUAAAGACAAGAAAGACAAGACUGUCCUGAUUGGCAUUAAAGAAAACUAUUUGGAAAAAAGAAAACGCUGCCAACUCCUUGUAUACCAGACAUACCGAGUCUCCAGCAGUCAUGUGUUCGGCAGACACACUCCUCCGCUCCACUCUGCGCUCGUCCCUUCAAAAGACGCCUCUGCCAGACGCUGUGGAUACACAAGACACCAUCAAACAGUUUUUAUCAGAUCGAAUCCUGAAGGCUGCACGGGUAGUUUACAGCACUCUGAUGGAGGGUAACCCAGGCCUGAUAAGAGACAGAAAACACCAUCUUAAGACCUACAGACAGUGCUGCAGCGGAAAGGAGCUUGUGGAUUGGUUAAUGAAACUCAAUGAUUGUUUCCAGUCCCGGAGUCAGGCAGUCGGAAUGUGGCAGGUUUUGGUGGAUGAGGGCAUUUUGGGUCAUGUAAAACAGGAGUUAAACUUCCAUGACAAAGACACACAGUUUUACCGCUUUAUGGAAGCAGAGUUUGACCUCAAUCACACAACUAACGAAAAAGACUCCAAAGACGACGAACUACAAGAGAGUUUAUCGCUACUAAUCCAGAUGGGCCCAGAUGCUCUUUUGACGAUGAUACUGCGUAAAUGCCCAAGCCAGAGAACCCCAGAAGAUCUGGAAGUUAUUUAUGAAGAACUUCUGCACGUCAAAGCUGUGGCCCACUUGUCUACAUCUGUUCGUAAAGAGCUGGCAUCAGUGCUGGUAUUUGAAAGCCAUGCCAAGGCGGGAACAGUCUUGUUCAGUCAGGGGGACAAAGGGACUUCCUGGUACAUCAUCUGGAGAGGCUCUGUUAAUGUCAUCACACACGGCAAGGGCUUGGUGACUACGCUUCAUGAAGGAGAUGAUUUUGGCCAGUUGGCAUUGGUGAAUGACGCUCCUCGAGCCGCCACCAUCAUUUUAAGAGAGGACAAUUGCCACUUUCUGCGGGUGGACAAGCAGGAUUUUAUACGCAUUCUUAAGGACGUCGAGGCAAACACCGUCCGUCUGGAGGAGCAUGGUAAAGUCGUUCUGGUUCUUGAGAAGAGCUCGGCGCAGGAUACACCAAGCUGCAACAAGUACACGGUAAUGUCAGGAACGCCGGAAAAGAUCCUGGAGCACAUGCUGGAGGCCAUAAAACUGGAAACCAACGGAGCUGACUUCAUAGAUCCCUGUGUGACUGACUUUCUCCUAACGCAUCCCGUCUUCAUGCCCUGCAGUCAACUGUGUGCUGCCCUCCAGCAUCAUUACCAAGCGGAGCCGUCUGAAGGCUCAGACCUGGAGAAGGCAGCGUACGCUCUCAACACCAAGCAGAAGGUGGUGAAGCUGGUGUGUCACUGGGUGGCUCUGUUCGCUCUGCUGCUCAGGGACGAUCCUGUGGCCUCUGAAUUCCUGGAGAAAUUCAGGGAAGGAGUGAUGGCAGACUCAAGACUUUCUAGCAUGCUUAGAGAACAGCUAAGGGACAGGAGGAAGACAAAAAUAAUGGAGAAUGGAUGUCACACUCUGACAAAGCUGAACCAAAAGUUUGAUUGGUUUUCAGCUUACGAAGAGCCGGUGGGAAAACUGAGGUCGAUUAAAGCCCAAGAUAAAGUGUUGUAUGAGAUCUUUAAACCGGAUCAUAAGGCUGUCACUGUGAUGCUGCCAGUUGAUGCAUCGGUGAACGACAUCUUGACUACAUUAGUGGAUCCUGACAGAAACUAUGUGCUUGUCAAGAUGAAUUCCUCAGGAGACAGAGUCCAGCUGAAGUUGGAGACCACAGCAGUGUCUGCCUCUUUAGGAGUGAACGAAAAGCUUUUCCUCUGCACUUCCAGCCAAGUUGAACAACUGACACCUGAUAAAGAGCAGCUGGGGCCGGAGAAGAGCACCAUGGACACUCUGGAGCAGAUUUGCUCCAAGGACAUGGCCAGUCAACACACCAGCUACGACUGGGAACUCUUCAUGGCCAUGCAUGAGGUGGAGCUUGUCUACUAUGUUUUCGGACGGGAAAAGUUCCCUGGAUCCACCACAGCAAACCUCGAGCGGUUUGUUCGUCGCUUCAAUGAGGUUCAGUACUGGGUUGUGACUGAACUGUGUCUCUGUGAAGACCUGGGCAAGAGAGCCAUACUGCUGAAGAAGUUCAUCAAGAUGGCUGUUGUUUUGAAAGAGCAGAAGAACCUCAACUCUUUUUUCGCAGUAAUGUUUGGCCUCAGCAACAGUGCAGUGCAGAGGCUCAAUAAAACAUGGGAGAGACUUCCCAAUAAAACCAAAAGGAUCUACUGUGCAUACGAAAGACUGAUGGAUCCGUCCCGUAACCACAGGGCCUACAGACUGACUAUUGCCAAACUCAGCCCUCCAUACAUUCCCUUCAUGCCACUGCUUCUAAAAGAUAUGACAUUUAUUCAUGAGGGAAACAAGAACUACACUGAUAAACUGGUCAACUUUGAGAAAAUGCGCAUGAUUGCCAGAACAGUGAAGACAGUUCGGGAUUGUCGAAGCCAACCUUACGUGCCUUCAUCUCCGCAGAAAGGCUUGACGGAGAGAAUGUUCUUGGAUGCUCAAGCUAUCCGAAUAUCAACAUAUUCAGACCAGUCUCUGAACCUCCGCAGUGCCACCAGUAUCAGACAGUACAUCCAGAACCUGAAAGUGAUCGACAAUCAGAAGAAACUAACUCAGCUCUCCAGAGCCUUAGAGCGCUGAGGUCCCGCAAAACUGCUAUCUUCAGCCCAUUCCUGCUCCAUAUUGGAGAAAAGAAAAACUGAACAGAUGGAAGCCAUGACCACCCUAUGUGUGGUUAAUUGGUGUAAAUUCUCACAAUUGUCCACCAGUGCUGCAUGAACUGCAAAAAGUUGAGAGCUGGAUGACAAAUGCUGACAAUGGACAAUUUUCUUUCUUUUUUUUUAUUGCCUUAUCAGAAGUGUUCUGAUGUUUGGGUCAUAUCUGACUCAGCCUACAACGUGAGCUAACAAUUCACUUCAGUGCUGCUGGCAUUAACUGUUAUUUAUAAAAGAUUUAUAUCAUGAAGAUGUUGAUCACAGUUCUAUAUCCAUUCGCCACAGCCCUUCAAUUGAUUAAUGAAGUUAUUGUUUAGGAGGCAAAACCAUAUAAAAUGUUUGACAUUAACAUUAAAUAUUCAGUAAGAGGCCAUGCAUUAAAAUAUUUUUUCUCUUUUGUUUUGUUGUGAUCUCAAAAUAAUUUGUUUAGUCAUGAUCUCGACAUAACUUUUUGCUAUGACGAGAUCAUGAUAAAACGAAUUAUGAUUCACAAAUUUAUGACCACAACUUUUUUUUGCUUUUAUGUAAUAAUAAUAAUAUUAAUAAUAAUAAUUAUUAUUAUUAUUAAUAUCCUGCCUUGCGAACAGGGAGAGAAUAGCUUAACUGCAGACGUGCAACACGUUAAAGACAUUCAGAACAGCCAUAAUAUUCAUUAUUAUAUUCAUGUUUAUGAUUAUAUACUAUUAUUUACAAUAAAAUCCCCGUAACUGUUACCAUUUUAAAGCAACUCCAUAUGGCGCAGUUUUAAAGUAAAUCACUUGCGGUAAUGGUCAAAGCAAAAGCAGGAUCUUAAUCGUUCUUCAUAAUUAAUUCAUACACGCAGCAACUUAUUUUGAGCCAUAUAGAUUUGCUUUAAAAUAGUAACAGUUAAGGGAAUAUUAUUGUAAAUAAUGAUAUAAAAUCAUAUACAUGAAUAUAAUGAGUGUACGUUAUUCAUGAGCACGAACGUUUGCGCGCAUAUUAUCAUGGCUGUUCUGAACGCCUUAAGCUGCGGUCACACUAGAGUUUGUGUGUGCGAAGUUCUGUCGUGCGCCGCUGCGGGAUUGAACAAGCUUGUUAGACAUUUUAAAAAGCGAGCGAUUGCUCCAUAUUUUAAAUUUCUGUCCAGAGAUGUCAUGUUUUGAUCCCCGAUUGGUCUCACGCAAGUCAAGUGAUGCGAUUUCGCAGGGCAGAGUUCACCAAUCUUGAACUUUGCACCGCAGCAACCUGCAAAACUUGACGCAUGACCCUGCGUUUCCAGUCUGACGCAUUUGCGUGCGUUUGAAUGGAAGUCAAUGGGAGGAAAAGCCCAGUGUGACCGCAGCUUUAUGUGUUGCACGAAUGCGCAUCUGCAGUUUGGCUAUUCUCUUUGUUCGCAGGGCCGGUGCAAACUCACUGGCAAGACAUUGGCCAGAUAUUAUUAAUACUACUACUAAUAAUUAUUAUUACAUAAAUAAAUAAAAGCAAAAAAUAAGUCAUGAUCACGACGUAACCUUUUGUUUGGUUGAGACCACAACAUAAUUAAGUCGUUAUCACGAGAAAACAACUUUUUGUUAUGUCGAGAUCACAAGAAAACGAGUUGUUAAGUCAAGAUCAUGAGAUGAUUAAGUCGUGAUCAUGACAAAACAAGAGGGAAAAAAUAUUUUAAUGCAUGGCCUCUUAGGACUUCCGUAGUACGUGGCAUAACAGAGUGUGGAUUGUUUAAUUAUUGAAAAUGAAUGUACAUAAAUGCAUUGCUUUUCAAUACAGUCAUGGUCUCUCCGCACUUUUUAUUAAGCAGUAUUCUAGUUCUGUCCUUUUAGGAAUAUUAACCUUUGAAUUUCAUUGUUCGCAAGCACUGGAGAACAACUGAUAAUACAGAUUAUUAUUAGCUGCUGUAUAUAAAAGCCAAAUACCACUGUUUAACAAUUUAAAUAUUCAGAAACUGUUUUAUAGACAAUAUAUAUGAAAGUAUAUACCUAAUGCAUUUUUUUCUAAUGGAGUGUUUAUUUUUUAUAAAUAAAUUAUUGAACAUUU